GUGGUAUCGCAGGUCUGGCAACAACAGUUCCAGGAACUACACCGCUCCCGUUUCUGACCACGCAGCGUACGUACACGUAGGGAAGCGAGCCUAGCACCGUGAAAAUGCCUCUGGCCAGAGACCUCCUCCACCCUCCAAUUGAACUUCAGAGAAGACAACACAAAAAGAAAAGACUGGUCCAGAGUCCUAACUCCUACUUCAUGGAUGUGAAGUGCCCAGGCUGCUAUAAGAUCACCACAGUGUUCAGCCAUGCACAGACCGUGGUACUCUGUGUGGGAUGUGCCACAGUUUUGUGCCAGUCAAGCGGAGGAAAGGCCAGACUGACUGAGGGUUGCUCUUUCAGGAAAAAGCAACACUAAAAAGGGAUAGCAUACUUAAUCAUGUCUGUAAUUAAGCCAUGCUGUUAAUAAAUCCCUUUUUUCCCCAUUUAUUGCGAUGCACUUGUGCAUUCCCUAAUGGCAGGUUCUGUCACUGUAAAGAUGUCAACUUUUAUGGUCAAUUUAUAAACUAGCAUAGCAACAUUUUUAAAUGCAAGAUAAAGAUGAAAUCUCAUUAAGGCAAUAAAGAAAUCUGUUAUAAAAGUUGAA